AUGUCUGUGGCGACGCAGCACUCGCCCUUCGCCGUCGGCAGCAAGCGCCUGUACGAGAGUGAGGAGAACGAGGACCACCUGCAGCGUCUGGACAGCAGCGCAGCCUCCCACAAGCGUUACCGACAGCGCGGCAGCCCCUCUGCCCGCUGCGGCGGCGACUCGGCUGCGCAGCACGCCUACACCGUCGGCCACACCACCGUCACAGCACUGCGCGGCCUCUUCCCAGAGAUGAGCGACAAGGUCAUCGCCGACGUCCUGGCCGAGUACGGCGACAACAUAGAUGCCGCCAUCAAGCACCUCACCGACCUCCGCCUCUCUGCUGCCUCCUCCUCAGCGGCCAUUUCAGAACAGGCAGCGGCCAUGGCAGCUGCAGCAGCAGAGCAACACCAGCAGCAGCAGCAGCAGCAGUCGGCAGCAGAGGCGCCGAGCAGCAAUGGUGGCGGCACCGCCACCACCGCAGUGCCCAAGUCGGCAGAGGAGUGGGUGGAUUUUGUGGUGCACGAGAUGGCAGCAGCCAAGGACAUGGCGGAUGCGCGGGCGCGUGCCUCGAAGGUGCUGCAGGCCUUUGAGCAGGCCGCUGUGCAGCACUCAAAACACCAGGGCUCUGCACCCGAUCCUGAGCGGUUACGUGGGCAGCUGUGCGAGGCGCAGCGCGAAAACCAGCUGCUGAAGCGCGCGGUGGCCAUCCAGAACGCGCGGCUGCAGGAGCUGAGCGGCAAGGAGGCCGAGGUGGCGCAGCUUCGGCAGAUGCUGGAGGGGUUCCAGCAGAAGGUGCACGCCUUGGAGGUGCAGAACUACAGCCUGGCGCUGCACCUGAAGCAGGCCGCAGAUGGCAAGGAUGCGAUGCAGGCGGCGGGCUUCAAGAACAACCCCGACGUCUUCUGA